AUGGCCGAAGAAGUUCUGCGCGCGUGCGCCAACUGCGUGGAUGCAGGCGUAGAGUGUCUACGAAUUCGCCCUGAGCGGCCAAGCCGGCCUCAGAAGCCAACUAUUAUCUCCUCGUUGGGCGAGCGGCUUCUAAGAUUGGAGAAAGCAGUCACGACACCACAGAAGUACAAUCUCUCCGCUCUUGCUCACAAACUCAGUCCAAAUUGGGAGAGUCGACAAUGUGACUUGGAAGACUUCCCAUGCAAAAAAAGGAAGUACGAGCACGGUACCCCCGGCAAGGGGAUGUCAAAGUCACCUCCCAGUCAGAACUCUGGUGUGACAUCCGACGAGUCCACUCACCAUGCUGAACAAGCCCGGGUCAUCAUCCAGACCGAACUCGACGGGAAUGGGGGGUUCAAUCGCGAGCGCCAAGCGAUUCUCAAGUCGGCGCUGGAAGUUGUAAAUUCCCUCGCUCAGAGGAAUGAUUCGAUCUCUGAAGAGGCUUUGAGCCUCGGUGGGCCGUGUGAAGUCUACGAUGAUAUACCAAGAUCGUGCGAGCCAUCACAGGAGCUGUUAUUCAUGCUCCUAAGAGAAUACGGCGAUUCAACCGAAUUCUCGAAGAACCUGGAUUGGCCGGAUCAUAUUUCGGGCAAAACGCUCAAAAGGAUCGUCAGCAGAUUCCUCAGCGGAAAUCUCCGAGGACAAGAGUUCUACCAGUACUCGAUCUGCGUACACGUAAGGGCUAUUCUCCACACAAUGCAUAUGUCCAGAGUCUAUCAAGAUCCGGUCAUCAACGAGCAUCUCCUUCAGUCAAAAAGAGGAUACACUGCUUCCGCAAUGGAAGCACUUCGGCAUCUAAACUUCCUGAAUGGCCCAAGUCUUUCAUUCAUCCAAGCAUUGAUUUCAGCGACCUUUUUAAUGGUCCUAUCAGGAAACAUGAAUCAAGCGUGGGUGUUGAACUCCUUCGCCGCUCGCUUGAUAUCUGCGUUGAACUACCACGAUACGCGCACGCAGAAGUCUGGCAUGGACCCUGACCGGUACGAGGAGAUCAACAGCUCUGUUUACUGGUGUUUUUAUCUCGAUCGAACACUCAGUUGCCUCCUUCAUCGAACCCUGUCCUUGCCUGAGCUGGAUACCUCCGCAGGCGAUCGCGUUGCUGAAGAUGGCCCAAAUGCACACAUGCCGUUGAUCCGCGUCUUGGUCGAUCUCGCACAAAUUCAAGGCGAACUUUUAGUUUGUAGCAAGAUGUCUGACACACGACAAAUAAUCAGUCACCACACGAGACUUCAAGACAACAUGGCAGUCAUAUAUUCGAGCUUGCAAUCGAGUCGAAAUACCGCCCCCGACUUGAUCAGCCGUGACUGGAUUGCGGUAGAAUUCUCCUAUUAUGCAAUUCUUGUCGAGAUCCUUCGGUCCAGAUUGCGAUAUGUCUUCUCGCCAUUAUCACACAAAGAAUGCUUGUCCUAUUCACGAAAGGCAUUGAAGACCAUGCAUUACCUACUAAAGAAUCUUGCCAACAGUCCGGGCUUCUUGGAUCCCUUCCCUACGUGGUUGACAUGGACACUCCUUCUCUAUCCCCUCAGUCCCUUUUUCGUGCUCUUCUGCAACAUCAUUGGCGAAGUCAACACCGAGGACUAUCAGCUCAUCCAAAAUAUUAACCAAAGCCUAUCUCAAUUUACCUCAAGCCCAUACAUCGCAGAACUAUACAAUCUUCUGGAAACACUCCAAAAUCUAUGCACACCCUUGAUCCAGACCAAACAAAGCCUCGGUCCACAAGUCAAGAUUGCUCCUUGGUACCCCGUCACCAAUGGGGAUCGGGAAAUGCCCAUCACAACAGCCAGCAGCGCUGAAGCCUCGUUACCCCAAGAUUCCUGUCCGGAUGCUUCUUCGCAGUCGUUUCUUUCAAAUCGGCUACUGGCCUCCAGUACUGAACUGCAACCUGUCACUGACGACCUCAUGUGGCACCUUUUCAAUAGCCAGCCCUCUCUGCAGUGGGGAGACCCAAACAUCAUAUCUCAAGACCCUACUGCCAACUUUUGA